AUGGGGGAUUGGAAGUUGUUGGGCAGUAUCUUGGAGGAAGUUUACAUGCACUCAACCAUAGUGGGCAAAAUCUGGCUGUCCAUCCUUUUCAUAUUUCGGAUGCUUGUUCUUGGUGUUGCAGCGGAAGAUGUCUGGGAUGAUGAGCAAAGGGCAUUCAUUUGCAACACUGAGCAGCCCGGCUGCCGGAACGUCUGCUACGACCAGGCUUUUCCGAUAUCCCUAAUUCGCUACUGGGUGCUGCAGAUCAUUUUUGUUUCCUCGCCCUCACUGGUGUACAUGGGUCAUGCGCUGUACCGGCUGAGAGUUCUCGAAAAGGAAAGGAGGAGGAAGAAAGCCCAGCUGAUAGCCGAGCUGGGGGAGAUUCAGCUGAUCCUGGAGGACCACAAGCGGAUUGAGAGGGAGCUGAAGAAGCUGGAGGAGCAGAGGAGGCUUACCAAAGCUCCACUCAGGGGAUCACUGCUGCGAACAUACGUUUUUCAUAUCUUAAUGAGGUCUGUGGUGGAAGUGGGCUUCAUCGUGGGACAAUAUAUCUUGUACGGUGUCGGACUGGAGCCUUUGUACAAGUGCGAGAGGAUACCGUGCCCAAACAGCGUGGAUUGUUUUGUAUCAAGGCCAACGGAAAAGACCAUCUUCAUGGUCUUUAUGAUAGUCAUUGCCGGCGUCUCCUUGUUCCUGAAUCUCUUUGAGAUCUCUCAUCUGGGAGUGAAAACAAUCAAGCAGAGCUUUUACAGGAAGGACGCAGCAGAUUAUGUCAAUGCUUCCGAGUACAAAAAGAACUCAAUGGGUCAGCAGGCAUUCGUGACGAUGGCCUCGUCGGCAUGUGAAACGGCACCUCUGAUUCAGAAAACUGCCACGCGUGCUCCGGCUGAACGGCUGAACCACGUCACUGUUUACAUGCCGCCGGCGGCCAACCUUCAGCAUGGUGAAGGGGCCUUGAGGUGCAACAACAUAUUGCGGGGCGCCGUCCAGACCAAAAGCCUGGAGCAGGACUCGAACAAGCCUCGUCACGCCAGCGAGGGCCACGUCCACAGCCUGCUUCUCCAUACAGCGAAGCAGCAUCUGUCCACCUUGGAGAGCUGCAACCGCUCGUGCAGCAGCGAGGACUCAAACCACGCCCCGCGGCUCAUAGGUCCCGAGCGGCUGAGACACGUUUGGCAGCACGCCAAAGGGCCGUUGCAGAUGGGCCACUCGGAAAUGCCGCUUCACGUGCGCAACCUGCUGCGCAAGCAAAACCGGGUGCGGCGCAGCAGGGAUGCUGUUGGGGCUCCUGGAGUCCAAGGACGUGUCAGGAUGUCCAGGUGUUUGGUGCCGCGACGACCUGACAGUCCCCACUCGAGGAGCAGCUCAGGAUCCGAAUUCAAGCAACUGUCGAAACGAGACAGCCCACCCAUAACUCCAAGCGGUUUGGGACUGCCGCCGGGAAGCAGAGCCAAGCGGCAGGCAGCCUCCGAUCUCGUCAUAUAG